AUGGCCACAAAAGACCCGGUUCCGGUGAUUUGCAACAGCUGUAAUGGAGCUAUUCAGGGCAGAAUAGUCACAGCGCUAAACAAGAAAUGGCACCCCGAACACUUCACUUGCAACUCGUGUCGCAAACCGAUAGAGGGCGCCAAGUUCCACCAGCACGAUGGCGGUGUCCACUGCGUGCCCUGCUACACCAAGUUCCACAGUCCAAGGUGCCAUGGUUGUGGCGAUCCCAUCACUGACCGCGUGAUCCAAGCACUCGGGGUGUCGUGGCAUGCGCAUCACUUCGUCUGUGGUGGAUGCAAGAAGGAGUUGGGAGGAGGAGGAUUCAUGGAGCAGGCUGGCCGCCCCUACUGUUCGUCGUGCUACGCUGACAAGUUUGCAGCCCGCUGCGCCGGCUGCUGCAAGCCGAUCGUCGACAAAGCCAUCAUCGCUCUGGACGCGAAGUGGCAUCGCGAAUGCUUCACUUGCACGAAAUGCCGGAGCCCCGUAACCGACUCUACAUUCUCCGUUAUGGACAACAAGCCUCUCUGCGGAAAAUGCGCCUAA